AUGGGUCUCGAUGUGAGUUCAAAAUCUAAAACGCUAGAUAUGAGCUCCUCAGAAGACGAUUCUACAGGACUAUUACACAGCCACAAUGUAGUAACAGAUGAAAUUGGAGCGCUGGCUGCUAUCUCACCUAAAGCCAAACUUGGAAAGAAAGUUUUCUAUUUGCGCAAUUUGAAGGCGACGGGCCUGGAUGGAGUCCAUCAAGAAGAAUCUCCUUACAUCCCAAUUUAUAAUAAGGUGGAUUUGCCUGAAUGGGAAGGAACAGGACUGAUAAUUCUAAAAAAGGACUACCUACCUGAUUCUAAGUGUCUUAAUAAAGGCGAUAGUAAUAAGAAGGAUUGGUAUACUAAAACGGUUCUGCAAUUUAUUGGUAAGUUCUGGAUUGGUUGAAAUAAUCAUACCGCUAAACGUUGCGGAGUUGUUGGUUCUUCAACAAUAGCAAUGCCUGGACCUUCCUGA